AUGAACUGGGGGCCACUGUUCUUCACGUUCAAGAGCGACAGUAAGCCAGAGCUAGAGGUUCUACCAGGCAGUACGUGGGUCUGUCCGCCCAUUGACGUCGAGUGGUACGAAGACUGGGACGCGUUCCGCACGUACAUGGACGGCUAUCAACCUAGCACGCGCCAGGUCUUCCGCCAGCGCACUUCCGUCUCGGCAAGAUCGUUACGCUACGCAACGUGCACAACAUGGUAA